AUUAUUCUCACAUUAAUCAUUAUCUUUCCAAUUUAAAAAGAUCAUAUAGAAAAAUAAAUUAAUAAACACAUUAACUAUUUAUGCAAAAAGAAAAAAAAAAAUCCUAUAAAACCAAAACACAGAAAAAAGGCGCAAAAUGAAAACCUUGAAUCUGAGAGAAAGAAAGCAAGCAGAGUGACAGACCCAAAUCUAGACUGCAACUUGUAACAAAUUGAAACGACAUUGCCGUUUGUUUGUCCUGGCAUCACAGAUUGUUCUUUCACAUAUCUCUCUGUCUUUUGUAAACCCUUUGUACCUUUCACUUGGGGUAUAGAAUUUUAAGCUGAAACUUCAGGGGUAAAGACUUCACAAAUAAAUAAAUAAAUAAGAGAAAAGAAAGAAAGAACAAUCAAUCUCUCUCGUAUUUCUUCAAAAUCCCACUAUGUUUCUCCCCUCCCUUGAACCACAACCGUGAAAAGAAAAAUGGUGGGCCCGCCAAAGAAACACUUCCUCCCUCUCCUUCUCUUCCUCUCCCUCUUUGCACUCUUCUUUUUCUCUCAUUAUCAUUCCUCUCUUCCUCUCUCCCCUGUACAUCCUGAUCCUAAUCCCAAUUUUAUUCCAAUAAAUAAUGUGAACAAGAAUUUCAGUCCUCAAAGUAACCCCAGUUUCACUUUCCUUAUUAAAGUCCUUGCAUUCAACCGUCUAGAUUCACUCUCCCGCUGCCUUCAAUCCCUUGCCAAUGCUAAUUAUGAAGGUGACACAGUCCAUCUUCACGUCUACAUUGACCAUUUUCCCUUUGCAAAUGAUUCAUUCAAUGUUUUGGACCAAAAACUUGAGGAAACACAUAAGAUGUUGGAGUAUGUUGAUGGGUUCCAUUGGAAUUUUGGGAACAAGGUGGUACAUUAUCGAACCAGUAAUGUGGGGCUGCAGGCACAGUGGCUGGAGGCAUGGUGGCCCAGCUCCAACAAUGAGUUUGCAUUUGUUGUGGAAGAUGAUUUGGAGGUUUCUCCUCUAUUUUAUAAGUUUGUGAAGGCUGUGAUUGUUAAUUAUUACUACAAUGUUACUGGCUCUAGUCCUUCUAUCUAUGGUGUCUCACUUCAACGUCCAAGGUUUGUCCCAGGUAAACAUGGAAACAAAAUACAAUUGGAUCCUGGAACACGACUUUUCUUGUAUCAGUUGGUUGGCACUUGGGGUCAGAUUAUAUUUCCAAAACCCUGGAAAGAGUUCAGGCUAUGGUAUGACAAGCACAAGUCAAAAGGCAUCAAGCCAUUUCUUGAUGGAAUGGUGACAAAUGGAUGGUACAAAAGAUUGGGAGAAAGGAUCUGGACACCUUGGUUCAUUAAAUUUGUGCAUUCUAAUGGCUAUUUCAAUAUAUACACCAACUUGGGGCAUGAGAGAGCACUCAGCGUCUCUCACAGGGAUGCUGGUGUUAACUAUGGGAAAACAGCUGGACCAGACUCCCAAUUAGUGGAUGAAAGUUCUUUUGACUACAACUUUCUGGAAAUGCAACCUUUGAGUAAUUUGAAAUGGUAUGACUUUUGUUUCAGAGAAGUACUUCCUGGAAGAGUUGCUAGGAACAUGGAUGAUCUUGGGUCUCUUCUUCCCUCUGUGCAGAAACAGCAGACAAUUCUGCUUGUGAGCAUGUUUGGAACAUCAGAUGAAAUCACAAGGAACCUGCUAUGCCAUCUUGAGAGGCUGAACAUUCAGAAUUAUAUUAUUAUGGGUCCUAGCUCUGAUUUUCUUUAUGAUCUUGCUAGAAGGGGGCAUCCUAUUGUUGAUGCUGACCAGCUUCUUGAGAGCCUCAGAUCCCAGAAAUUGAUUGGAUUUCGAAAUCCCAACUCAAAACAGGUAGAUGUAUUGGUGAAAGGCUAUGUGAUCAAGAAAUGUUUAGAACAUUAUAAUUCCUGGAUGGUAGAUACAAACAUGCUUUUAGUCAAUGAUGAUCUAUUUCAUGGAUUCGUUGGUGCAUCUAAUGACAUGUAUGCUGGGAAGAGAUCAGAAAUUUUCUUUGUCAGGGGCUCUUCUUCUGCUCGAAAAAUUUGGACAGAUGAUUUUGUGAACAAGGUUGGCACUGCAGUUGAUCAAGCUUCAUCAUCUGGAGGGAGUAGAAAUUUUGUUUAUGCAGUAUCCAAGUUGUUGGAACAGAAUGGCAUAAGAAUUAACUGGAUUGAUGAGACGAGUUUUGGCAUGAAGAUCGGUGCCGAUAGCAUUAAUCGGUCCUCUUUGGAGGCGGGUAAAAUGAUUUAUUGGUCUGCCGAGAUGGGUCUGAAUUUGGUUCAAAAGCGGCUUGAAGAAUUGGAUAUGUGGGCUAUAGAUGGUGAUUCUUCUUGCAAGGCAGUCAUUUGUCACCAAUCAUAGCAUUUGACAGUGGACAAUUUUGCACAUCUUUUUGUACCUUUUUGAUCCACAACUGUUUUUGUAACAUUAGUUGAAGCCUUAUAUGUUCCUUUGAAUUUAAUAGAUGUAUAUUCAUGGAACAAUGGCACCUGAAGAACUCUCUUCUUUCUCUGUUUUCUUUUUUCUUGUUCUGGACUCUUAUAAUCUUCAAUUUAUUACAUUAAAAUGUUAGUAUUUUCGCCUUCA